UGGGACGUUUCCUGCUUGUGUUUCAUGUAACCUGUGAAGGCAGAAGAGAGAACGAGCAUUUGUUUGAUUAGAGUAACAAGUUAUGGAUCUCAAACAUCACUAUCUGGAACUAAAUGAUGGUCAUUUCAUUCCCAUUCUGGGAUUUGGCACCUAUGCACCCGAAGAGGUUCCUAAGAGUAUGGCUAGAGAAGCCACUAAAUUAGCAAUAGAAGCUGGCUUUCGUCAUAUUGACUCUGCAUAUUUGUACCAGAAUGAAAAGGAGAUUGGACUGGCCAUCCAAAGUAAGAUUGCAGAUGGUACUGUGAAGAGGGAAGAUAUAUUUUAUACUUCAAAGCUUUGGUGUACUUUCCAUCUACCAGAGAUGGUCCAACCGACCUUGGAAAGGUGCCUGAAAGAAGUACAGUUGGACUGAUUUGACCUAUAUCUUAUUCAUUUCCCAACACCUUUGAAGGUAUGCAUUUAGACUAUACCACGUGAUGAACAUGGAAACCUGUUAUAUGACACAGUGGAUAUUUGUGACACCUGGGAGGCUAUGGAGAAGUGCAAGGAUGCAGGACUGGCCAAGUCCAUCGGGUCCAAUUUCAACCGCAGGCAGUUGGAGAUGAUUCUGAACAAGCCAGGGCUCAAGUAACCUGUCUGCAACCAGGUGGAAUGUCAUCUGUAUCUCAACCAGAGAAAACUACUGGAUUUCUGCAAGUCAAAAGACAUUGUUCUGGUUGCCUAUGGUGUUCUGGGAAGUCAAAAAUAUGGAGAAUGGGUGGAUCAGAACACUCCGGUUCUCUUAGAUGAUCCAGUUCUUGGUGCCCUGGCAAAAAAGCACAAGCGAAGUCCAGCACUGAUUGCCCUUCGUUACUUGCUACAGCGUGGGGUUGUGGUCUUGGCCAAGAGUUUCAAUGAGGAGCGAAUCAAAGAGAAUUUGCAGGUUUUUGAAUUCCACUUGACUCCUGAGGACAUGAGAGUCCUAGAUGGUCUGAACAGAAAUAUUCGAUAUGUUUCUGCGAGUUUUUUGAAUGGCCACCCUAAUUACCCAUUCUCUGAUGAAUAUUAGCAUGGAGAUCUUCAUCAUGACUUCUACCAGAAGCUCCUGCAUGCAUCUUGUGAUAUGGCAGACAUCUCACACGCUGAUGAUUAGAGACCUCUCUUCUGGAUAAUCCAUGAUGCUAAACACCUCACAAGAAGCUAGAGUUAAAUCCACAGUAGAGGAAGCAUGUACACUAAGUUUUUGUCAUUUUCCUAAAAUAAUUAAUUUUGCGUUCUUUAAAGAUUCUGAUUUACCACUGACUUUGUAACUUAACAUGAUUUCUUUCCUUUGGCUUCCUUAUUCCCCAAACUGAUUUUCCUGGAAGUUUAGAAACCAUUGGUGGGAGAUUCGAGCCAUUCCAUUGACGCUUCUGGAGUUGAGCAGGCAGAGUUGUUGGCCUGUAGGAAAGUAGCUGAUAGUAAGCAUUUUCCAGUCAGUUUUUCUCCAGUGCUUCAAGGAAAAAUAGACCCUGCAUAGACCCUGGAAGGUAAGGCAAUACUACAAGGAUGACCAAGAACCCAGGGGUCCCUUUGAGAAGCUCAAGCAUGAGAGGUGUAGAAAUUGGGGAAAUAGGUAUUCUCUUUUUCUUUCUGAAACUUCAUUUUUAAGAAUUUUAUUUAAGGUAUGCAAAUUUCAUAUACUUCAGGUAUACAGAUUCAGGAGCACAGUUGUACUUUCUACGCUACUCUCCCUUUCACCCACGCUCCCACCCUUCUUCCACCUCCCUCUUCUAUUCCAAUUUUUAUUUUUUUCUAAGAUUUAUUUUAUUUAUUUGAAAGAGUUACAGAGAGAGGUAGACAUAGAAAGAGAGCGUUCUUCCAUCCACUGGUUCACUUUCCAAAUGGCCGCAACAAACAGAACUGAGCUGAUCUGAAGCCAGGGGCCAGCAGCUUCUUCCAGGUUUCUGUGUAGAUGCAGGGGCCCAAGAACUUGGUCCGUUUUCUACUGCCUUCCCAGGAAAUUAGCAGGGAACUGGGUGGAAGUGGAGCAGUAGAGACUUGAACUGGUGCCACAUGGGCACUGCAGGCUGGAGCUUUAACCCACUGUGCCACAGCACUGGCCCACUGUUUUUAUUUUUUACAAAGAUCUAUUUUCAGUUAACUUUAUACUCUUAAGAUUAAUCCUAUGCUAAGUAAAAAGUUCAACAAAUAGUCUGAAGAAAAAAAAAAUACUGGUCCUGAACAGUCAAGACAAGGACUAUUAAAUCGUCGCAUUUCAAAGUGUGAAUUUCACGCUUACAGAUUGCCUUUUAAGUACUCUGUUAUCACAGAUCAGGGAGGACAUAUGGUAUUUGUCUUUUGGGGACUGGCUUAUUUCACUAAGUGUGAUGUUUUUCAAUUGCAUCCAUGCUGGACUUGGUUGGGGAAGUGAAUGUGAGCCAGCUUGACUAAAUGACUAGGAAUCAGACAAAGGGGGAAAUUGAAGGGAAGAAUAUUUUGUGUCUUGCACACACAUUAGUAAGUUUGCCUUAUUUUUUAUUUGAAACAUUUAAGAGAAUAAGUUAUAUAAAUUCAUAUUUAUUUUUAGACUGAGGAAAAUGUGAUGAGUAUGGAGUUGAGCACAUCUAUGUUUGGAAAUAUUGAUAAGAAGAUUAGUAGACAAGACUAGGGGACUGAUUUUAUAAGCUGUAUGACAGGUGGUGUAGGAAAGAAAGAUAUGGGAUAAAAAUAUGGAUAUUGAUAAUUGGUAUUUUAAUAAUUAUAUCCUGAAUAUCAAAGAGCAGUUUUCAUAGUUAAUUGAUGAGCCAGGGCUGAGGGUCAGACUCUUCAAUUUAGAUUUCCAGGAAAUCCAGUGAUCCUGCUUUUCUGUUGUGUUCCAGAAAUUCAAAAACAAAACAAAACAAAACAACAACAGAAGAACACUGACUUACUGAAUUGCCAUAAAUAUCAAAUCUAUGUUCAUCACUUUUUUCAAGUUAAAAAAUAAAUAUCAACUUCAAUACUAUCAGUAA